AUGGCCAAAACAAAGUCAAAGAAGAGCCCAAAGAGCUCCUCCCUCCCCAAAGAAUCCCCUGAACAACUCUACGACCUCGCCAUCCAAUGCGUCGAAACCAGCGAACCACAACAAGCUCUCGAACACGCCCAAAACCUGCUCGUCCUAGUCCGCAAACUUCAAACCCCCAAUGCCGUGCUGCCAGCCCUGAAUCUUCUCGGAGAAAUCAGCAUUGAAUUGGGAGACGCAGACGCAGCUCGCGAUUACUUCAUGCAAGCUGUAGAGGCCGAUCCCGAGGGUGCGAUUCCAGAGGCUGUGGGUGGGGGUGCGGAAAAGUUCUUGUGGAUGGCGCAGUUGUGCGAGGAGGGUGGUGCGGCUAGUGUGGCGUGGUUUGAGCGUGGAGCAAAGGUCUUGAAGAGGGAGAUCGGGGAGCUCGAGGCUGUGCAGGAGAGAGAUGAGACGGCUGAGGUGCUGUUGGAGGAGAAGAGGGGGAAGUUGGCAAAUGCCCUGUGUGGUGUUGUCGAGGUCUACAUGACUGACCUUUCAUGGGAGGCGGAUGCUGAACAAAGAUGCGAGAACCUGAUCACAGAAGCCAUGAUGGUUGAUCCCGAGAGCCCAGAGGUCCUGCAAACACUAGCUUCCGUCCGCCUGUCACAACUCAAGCCUGAAGACGCACGCGCUGCCCUCACUCGUAGCAUCAGCAUGUGGAAGGACCUUGAGCCCGAAGACCCUACAAUCCCCGAUUUCCCCACCCGUGUCAGUCUCGCCCGUCUACUGAUGGAAGCCGACAUGGAAGAGGAAGCCAUGGACGUUCUGGAGCGUCUGGCUUUGGAAGAUGAUCAGAGUGUCGAGGCUUGCUACCUCGGUGGCUGGUGUCUGCAACUCAUGGCAGACAAGAAAAAGACACAAUUUGGCGACGCUAUUCACAAUGCCGAAUCCGAACAAGCCAAGGAGUUGCUGGCUACAUUGAGAGCAAGCAGAAGUUGGCUGCUCAAUACUCUGAGACUAUACAGAGUCUUGGAGUACGAGGACGAGAGACUCAAGCAACACACCGAGGAGUUGGUCGAUGCACAAUGUCAAGUCCUGGGUCCUCCGCCAGAGGAGGGCAAGGAGGACGACGAGGACGACGAGUGGGAAGGCAUUGACGAGGACGACGAGGCAGCAGACGGUGAUGAAGAGAUGGCUGGCAUGUAA